GACUCGAAUGCAAAGCCAAAUUAUAGCGGCCAUAUUGCCUACAGCUCGCGGAGGAAGUGCGCUCUUCCUACAGUUUUGUAUGAUUUCGCUAUACGGACGUACUAUAUCACCGUUUUAAGAAAGGUGGCAGGAGAACACCAAAAUGACGCAAUACCUUCCGCCAAACUUAUUGGCACUUUUUGCGCCAAGAGAUCCAAUACCGUAUCUAGCACCAGUUGAUAAGUUAACAUGGGAAAAGAAAACAGAUGGGUACUCUGGUGUAGCACAAUUGAUACAAAGAUUUGAGGAUCCUAAGGACACUCCCCCUCCAACAAGGGUGGAAACUCGUGAGGAACGCCUGGAGCGGAAGCGGAGAGAGAAGGCUGAACAGAUGCAAUACAAAUUGGAACAAGAAAUAGCUCUUUGGGAUCCUCACAACAAUGAAAAUGCAACCAGUGACCCAUACAAGUCACUAUUUGUUUCACGGAUUAACUAUGACACAUCUGAGUCCAAGCUACGCAGAGAAUUUGAAAUUUAUGGUCCUAUUAAAAAGAUUGUGUUGAUUCACAAUUUUAAGACGGGGAAACCACGAGGAUACGCCUUUAUUGAGUAUGAACACGAGCGAGAUAUGCACUCGGCAUACAAACAUGCUGAUGGAAAGAAGAUUGACAAUCGCAGAGUGUUAGUAGACGUAGAGCGAGCUCGCACCGUGAAGGGUUGGCUACCACGUCGAUUAGGUAAGUCUGUAGUCUUGCGGAAAGACGGAGGUCCAGAUGUCAACAUAAAGCAUUCGGGCCGUGAAGAUGACAGAAGACGUGGUGGUGGACGGGAUGAUGAGCGCAUGGAAAGUGCAGAUAGAGACCGUGAGAGAGACCGUGAACGUGAACGUGGUUCAGAAAGAAGGCGUUCUAGAAGUAGAGACAGAGAUCGUGACCGUGAAAGGCGCAGGCGGUCACGAAGCCGUGAUCGUAAGAGGAGACGCUCCCGAUCCCGUGAGAGAGGAAUGCCAGAGGAAGGAGAAGAGAGGGAGAAGCGCCGCCACAGGUCUCGGUCCAGGGAUCGUAAACGUCGCUCAAGGUCACGUGACAGGAAGCACCGCAGGGACAGGGAUCGUGAGAGGAGAGAGCGGGUACCUGGUGAAGAAGUUGAAGAAGGUGUUGUCAAAAUCAAGCAAGAACCAGAGGAUGAUUAUCCAGAUUAUGGCAGUAACUAUUACAAUAAUUACCCAAUGAAGGAUGAAGAAGAGAGGGCCAAGAAUGGAACCAAAUAUGAGGAGGAAGAAGAGGCCAACAAUGAAAUUGACUAUUAGGCUGGAAAUGUUUGUGCUAUGGAUUUAGGUUUGAUUGCAGAGAUUGAGUGAUAAACAGUUUGGACUGAGAAAGUUGCUUGUAUACAGUGAUGAAAUUGGCUAGGCAUGAAUAUUCACCUUGUCGAGGUUGUAACCUCUUUUUUGAUUACUUAAAAAAAAGAAAAAAAAGAAAAGAAAUUGUUUACAAGUAUACUGUAUUAUGAAUAUUCAUAGGGUGCUGAUUUCCCCCCCUUACAUGUACAGGGUAGAUAAAUAUUUAUGGAGAGAUUGUAAUGUAUAUUUACAUUACUAAAAGGUUUAGAGAGCAAAAAGGUGAUUUUUACUGGAUCUCUUAACCCCCCCUCCCUCUCCGAUCCAAUUGCAUUUGACAAUAGCACAUUGUAGACAUUUUUAUAUUCUCAUUGGAAAGUGAUCAUUAGAUAACUGUUGUCAAUAGCUAUGUUGUAUUUGUGUAACUAAAGUGUACAAACUUUUGACAAAUGAGUAAAAAUGUGUCUGCUGCACAGUAUGUGCUUUUAAAGGAUUAUCUGUAAUACACACCACUGAAAUGGUUCCAUCAGUGUUUUUUAAGAACAAAAUAUGUAUGGCUUGUGUAGGAUUGAUGGAUUGUGUGUCCCAUCAUGAAUAACCCAUCAAUUCUGGGAAGCAGACAUCCCUGAGCGUGAGAAAACACUGGGUGCGGGAGUCUGCUACAUUGAGCUGAACGUCCCACUCCAUGCGCCCUAGUGCGUCGCCACGCAUACAGGCUUACCACGCCAACCAAGCGGUAUGUUAUGAUGCUGGUACACGUCACCCAGUAGCAUUGGGUUAAUUUCUGAUUACAUCACAUCAGAUGAGAUGGAUAGCUUAGUCACAGAUGAGCUGAGGUACAAAUCCAAUACUGCUUUUAUGAAGCUCAUCAGUCCAUACUAUCUGCUAAAAGAAAUUCCAUACUGGAAUCCCACAUUAGUCAGAAUUUAGGCCUUCCAUAGAAUAAAGAAGCUGAAUUGAAGUCUUCUGGAUUAAUGUAGGAAAUGGUGAAAGCAGACUUAGUUAUUAAGCAUUUUAUUUUGUUAUUUCUACUCUCCUUUUUCUUUAUUUUACUUCUUAGACUGAAAAAUUGUGUAGGGAAGUUAAAUAAGUGUAUGGUUUUAUUCAUUAUAGAUAAUUGAUCAUUUCCAUGAAGAAACUGAAAAAUACAAUUUUUAUUAUUGAAUAAACAGAAAAGAAAAGUCAAGAUGUUUAAUAACCUAUCUAAAUAAAAAUAUCACGUGUAAUUUUUUCUACAGUACCAAGGAAACUGAUGGCGCAUGUUGAAGUAAAUGUUAUAAUCAAUGUUGCAAGGUCAUCUAUGAAUGAUAUCUGGUAGAUAGUACCUGUGUUGCUGUACAUUUGUGUAAUUGUGGUGAAAGAUAUUGGUUGUCCUUCAUAAUGAUGAAACAAACUUUCCAGCAGAUAGGAAAACAUGACUAGGGGUACAGUGACAUUAUGUAAUUAAGUACUUAGGGCACUUAAUUUGAACAUAGUGCUUAAUUUUAAGUUCUCAUUUGUCAAAUAAAGUGUCAUCAUAGA